AACCUCGUGAUUACUGCUACAAUUAAUAAUUGUCUCAGUAAACCCUUCAAACCACUACAAUUCAAAAAGGGUAAAAUAAAAAAAAUACAUUGCCUGUAACAAAAAAAAAACGCAUAAAAAAUCUGAACUUCAUGUAGGAAGUAGGCACUGAGAAAGUAUUUAUGAGAGAAUCUUAAUUGUUUCAUUAUGUUUUCUUUCUUUCCUGGUCAUACAGUGCUUGUGGACAGGGAAGUCAAAUUGACUAAAAAUGAUCAAAUUCAAAAAUUAACUUUGUCAAUGUUUUCUAGGAGGAACUUGAGACAUCACUGAAGCUACUGCAGGAUCAGAUAAAAAGACAGGCUUAGUAAAUGAAGUUUCUUCAAGCAUUAACAAAAAUGAAAUUCUUUAUGUUUUUUUUUUCCAUUCCAGAUGCAGACCCAGCAAACUGAAAGACAGAUAAAGAAGGAGUUUGAGAAACUUCACCAGUUUCUACAAGAUGAAGAGGCAGCCCGGAUAGCUGCACUGAGGAAGGAAGAGGAGCAGAAGAGUCAGAUGAUAAAAAGGAAGAUUAAGAGGCUCACAAGUGAGAUCUCAUCCCUUUCAGACACAAUCAGAGCCAUAGAACAGGAGAUGGGAUCUAAAGACCUUUCAUUCCUCCAGAACUACAAGAACACAAAGAGCAGGGUCCAGCGCACACUGCAGGAUCCAGAGAAGAUUUUGGGAGCACUGAUAGAUGUUGCCAAACACCUGGGCUCUCUGAAGUACAGAGUCUGGGAGAAGAUGCUGGGGAUUGUUCAGUACAGUGAAUAAUGGGAGCAGGAUCAUGGGGGCUCCUGUGACUCUGGAUCCUAACACAGCAGAACCUCAGCUCUCACUGUCUGAGGAUCUUACCAGUGUGAGAGGCAGAGCUGAGAGACAGCAGCUUCCUGACAACCCAGAGAGGUUUGAUACAGGUGGAGGUGUGCUGGGUUCUGAGGGAUUCACCUCUGGGAGACACUGCUGGGAUGUGGAGGUGGUAGACAAAAAUUACUGGAUCUUGGGUCUGGCUAAAGAAACCAUUAGCAGAAAAGGAUCAAUCACUGGGAGCCCAGAAGGAGGAUUCUGGAUGAUAGGUCUUCUGGAUGGUGAUUACAGAGCACUGACAUCACCACAGACACGACUCACUCUGAAGAGGAAACCUCAGAAAAUCAGAUUGCAGCUGGACUAUGACAGGGGAGAGGUAUCAUUCUCUGACCCCAGUGACAAGGCACCCAUCUACAGGUUUAAAAAUGCAUUUACAGAGCAGGUUUAUCCCUUGUUUUGGCCAAGCUAUCCUGAACCUUUACAAAUCUGCCCAGUGGAAGUGUCUUUAACAAGUAAAUAACCCCUUAUCAUGAGGAUAAAGAACAGGGAAAAUGUGGAGGCCAGUAGAAUGUGUGAUAGGUUCCCUUUCAGGGGGGUGAAUCUUUUGGGAUGACAAGCAGUAACUAAAUGCAUGAGAUUAUCAUUAUAACAUAUGGAAGAAGCCUCCACAGCCAAACUGUUGUUCAUACUUUAUUUUUCAGCAAGGAUCAACACUCUGCCCAUUUCUUACAGGCAAGUUUCUACAUUUCAGCUCUUCGUUCCCUGGUCAAAAACAGCUUCCUACUUUUCAUAAUCCUGAGAAUAUAGAUCUCUGAACACGUGAUUCCAAUGGGUUAUUUGCAGACCAGUCGUUCACACAAUGUGAUGUCAGUUACUCUUAUGUUACGAGAAUACUAUGUAUGUUUGGAUAAAUGAAAAAAAGUAAAAACAAAUCAGCUUCAAAGGAUGUUUUUUUACAAUUAAUUGCUUUUUUGUUAUAAUCAUGCAAUAGAUGUUUUUGAGUGUGCUUGUUACGUCAUUGAGAUAAUUUUGAAAUGUAUGUAAGUUCAGCUUUCAACAAUGCCAUUAAUUUCAAAUCUCAAAUGUAUUGAAAGGGGAACUGUAGUUCCAGUUUUCAGAUCAGUGAUUAAAUCUCUAACAAAAUAAAUUUAUUGUCGGUAUGGGAAAAAUGACAAAUUUCCAGUUAAGCACAAAAUCUUGAAUUUUGUGAAAGUACUGUAAGUUGCCAUAAUGUCUCAAACCCUUGGUUUUGCCACAGACGAGAGUGAAUAUUUGGAGAAAUUGCUACAUGAAGCGGCACUUCCUGCUCACUAGUCACUGUAAAAACUAAUGUAAUCUGAUCUACAUGUGAAUAAGUACAGGUUGUGCACUGCAGAAAUAUUCCAAUGUGAGUUAACAAGCAGGUAGAAUUUGUCUAAAGUCUCGAGGUUGAGAGCAAUAUGUAUUGAUAAGCCAGCUUGUUUACAAUGUCAUAGACAACUACAGGUUGUGUAGUUUGGAAUUUUUUCUUGCCUCUGAAUUACAGAGCAUGGUGCUGCCAUACCUGGAAAUUUAAUCUAUUUUGUAAUUUGUAGGUUUUACAUGUUAUUGUGUACAUUUUACUUUUAUUUUGGUUGGAAAUGCGCUCAUCACUGCUAAUUCUUUAUAACCCUGAAAUAUAAAAUAGCAUUUUAUAUUUAAUCAAUAUAUUUAAUCCCCUUUAAUAAACAUUUU